UAGACUUUUUGAUGAGGGCCAUUUUGACCGGUAUGAGGUAGUACCUCAUUACAAUUCUGAUUUGCAUUCUCUAAUGAUUAGUGAUGUUGAGCAUCUUUUCAUGUGAUUGUUGGCCAUCUGUAUGUCUUUAGAGAAAUGUCUACUUAUGUCUUCUGCCCAUUUUCUGAUUCUUUUUUUUUCUUUAUUGAUCUGUAUAAGCUGCUUGCAUAGUUUGGAAAUUACCCCCUUGUUGGUUGCAUCAUUUUUACACAUAUGCCUUUAUACUGUUUCCAGGAACACAUGAUAUGGAGAGCGUCCAAUGAGAUGACAGAUGGUGUCUGAGCAAGUGUCUAUGGAAAACAGGGGAGGCAUUAAUUCCACCUUCAGAGACUGGAGAAGGCUGGGUGACACCAUGAUCUGAGGGUGCCAGAAGACACCUGAGCAUCCCUGGAGGAUUUGGCCUGGCCUUGGAGAGGUGCUGAGGGCUGUCCUGAGAUCUGGGAAGCUGUCCACACCGUAAUUCCCAGAACCUGUGGCUGUGUGGGCUUACAGUAUGCAAAAGGGACUUUGCAGAUGUAAUUAAAUUAGGAUCUUUGGAUGGAGAGCUCAUUUCUGAUUAUCUGGGCAGGCCCAAGGAAAUUGCAAGAGGCUUUAUGAGAGGGAGGCAAGAGGCUUUAUGAGAGGGAGGCAAGAGGAUCCAAGUCAAAAAGAAAUGUGAUGACAGAAGCAGAAGUUGGAGUGAUUCUCUCUGAAGAUGAAGAGGCCACGAGCCAAGGAAUGCAGGUAGCCUCUAGCAGCUGGAAAAGGAAAGGAUGCUCCUCCGGGUGCUUCACUAGGUCACAGGAACGAUCAAAUGAGAUUCGGAGCAGAAGCGUUUGGACAGGGAGAAGACACCACACGAGGAGAAAAGGAAGCAUCCGGCUGGAACAGAGGACGGCAGCCCCCGUGGCCGGCUCUGCUCCCGCCACCCUCCACCCUGCACCCCCUGCCCCACCUCUGCAGCCCUACCGGUGUCUUCAGACAGCCCUCCAUCACGAGGCCCCGAGUCACGUGCGCCCCAGGGCCAUGGGGUGGCAGGCGCCCGCGGCAGGGCCGGCACUUGUGCGGGGGGCCUUUACAGGUGCUGGGAGAUGCCGGGCCGCUCCGGCUCAGUCGUCCUUGCGCCCGAGCUGCGACUGGAUGUCCACGGCACCCUGCUGGCCCCAGGCAGAGCCGGGUCUCCACUCCCCUGGGGCUGUGUGCGCGCUGAGACUGGCCCGUCCCCCAGGGGUCACUGGGGCCAGGGAGGUCCGAGUGCCUCCUCGCCCACAUCCCCGGCCAGCCAAGCUCCCGGCGGCUCUGUCAAGACUCCGUAAGGACACAGCCCACAACACACACGCAAUCCAGAAACCAAAGGUACACUGUUAAAGUUUAAACUGGUGCUACUACUAUUUUCCAGCUUUGUCUUCCAAGAAUUAAAAAAAAAAGUUUCGUAAUUAAAUUACUUAAGAUUCUAUGCUGC